AUGGCGCAGUCGUCGGUAGCGGCGGCGGCGGCGGCGAGCAGCCAUCACAGGCGGAAACGGGCUCGGCAUCAUCAGAACUCUGGGGUCGGCGGAUCCAUCGUUAAGGACAUUCAAACGAUGGAGAUGCGGGAGGCCAUUAACCGAGAUGGCGAGAUGGGCGGAGUACUAUUGGAACGUGGAUAUCUCGGUGCGAAGUUGUACACCGGUCCUGACUUUACUACUGGUCUUCUGCCUGGUCAGCAUGACCAGAUAUUGGCUGAGAUGAAGUGGGUCCAUGCGGAUGUGGUAGGGGUGAGGGAUCUCAAGCAAGCCCAAUGCCGACGGGUAGCAUCAGCAGUGAAGGACUAUUGGCGGGUACGGAAGAAACAACAGGAGCAAGGAGGAGGGCAGCAUGUGAGGUUGGGCAAGAUGGUUGAUGGUAUCGAGUCACGGCGUCAAGGGGAACCAACAGUUGCUCUUACUAAGGCCUCAGCCGAUGAUAUUUUGAUGAUGGACCGUCACGGUGAUGAGGCCGUCUUCUCUGAUGAAGAAUCUCAAUACUCUAACGCUGCCGAGGCACGAGCCUCGAUUGACCCCUUGCGUGAUAUCAUCGACCGUCUUAAUGAUGCUUCGGCGGUGUGGAUGCCUGAUAAAGGUCCUCCGAUACAGUCGGCCACCUCGUCUGGCAGCAGCUCUACGAUACUUAGGCCAGCAGUGAUGUCCUCUAUCAGCGACGACCACGACGAUGAUGCUGCUGUUUGUAGUACAGUGUUUGUGCCGGGAGUAGUGGGCUUCCCUGAUCCUGGCGCUGAGCCGCGGUGGCGGAUGAAUGAGUUGUUGAGCAACCAACGUACGCUCCUGCAUGAGAUACAGUUCUCGGAGGCAGCUCGAGCACGACUACCAGCCCUCUUUACGGCGAUGGUCAGAGAGAUGUCUACCCACCCUGUUGGGGACCAGGAGUCGGUGGUGAAGACUCCACAGAGUAUUCCCUCAGCAGUUGCCAAGUCGAAGGUUCCAGGACGGUAUAAGAAGCCAGCGAUAGCGGCAACAGCGGCACAGCAGCAGGGUGGUAUGGUCCCGGUCACCGAGGCUUGGGAUGAGAGGGAGAAUCUACUGCUACUGGCGGCUUCGGCACGGGCCUUACCACGGUGCUUUGACCAAAAGAGCUCGUCUACUCAUUUUAUGGUGGAGCGACGUAGAGAGGUUCUCCGUGGCAGUGCCGCUGCCGAUCUUCAGGAUGACUCUAUGGAUUUGGUCACUGGCCUGGUCCAUGGUGUUAGCUGGCGGACGGUUGAGAUCGGUAUGCGAUGUACGAUGGAGGGCAUCGCUGGUCACGAUAAGAUACGCUCUAACUCCUCCUGUGCUAGACGUGCUAAUGAGAUGCUCACUGAGCGGCGGCCUAUGAUCCCACCUACUGGUACGAUAUGGCGAGACUCUCUAGAAGGCAUGGUCAGGGAGAAGCAGAGGCAGGUCGGUUUGCCAGUGGACGUCCAUAUAGACCAGUCAGCUGAUCAUAGCGUUGAUGAAGCCACUCCUACUGUGGUCGAGCAGACUCUGAGCAAAGUGAACGACGGAGGUUUGGAGAAGCCCUUUGGGAAGCAGGAGGAUGCCUUGGCGUUGUUCCACUAUCGUAGAGGGCUCACCACUCCUACCUUUGCUGCAUUUUGUCCGACUAAGUCGGUGUCAUCUGUAAUGGUAGUCGGACGACGGAGGGGCCUCGGUGACUCGGCAUACAGCCGCAUAGGUCAAACACGAUGGAGACUCCCAAGGGUGCGGAAGUGCAUACAAAAGAGUUCAUCUGCGACUAGUGUAUCAUCACCACUGGUGUAUAGAAGACGGCGUGGUGGUCGUGGUGGUCGGCAGUGCAGCAGCAUUAUGCGGGCAUCUAUGUCCCGCUUGGCGAUACCAGUGAGCUUCUCAGAGCCUCUGAAGGCUUGGGAUGAGUACAUAGCGACUACAAGCCAUCAGAGUUCCUGUCGAUGGCUCACUACUGCUGUCACUUUAAUGGGAGCUGCUCGGAGGAGACGUGCAAGUGAAUGCCGAGAGAUGAGGGUCUUGCAAUGGGAAGCUCCCCCGAUAGGGUCACCGACGUCGCCUCUAGCAUUGAGGAACGCUCAUGCUAACGCGUUGCUGGCGUUGCAGAAGUAUGCUUCAGUUUCGAUGGGAGGGGCAUCUGUGAAGCAACCGAGCUCUUGCAUGGGCUCAGAGGCUAUGAGAUUAUUGACUUUUGCUGCCCAUAAGAUGAAGGAGCAAAGGACCGAUAAUGGUAGUGGCAUUCAGGUAAUACACCAUAUUAUCAAGACUAGGAUCUACCCCUAUUCAGGUGGCUCCUACGAAGCAUCCAAUGCCUGA